AACAUAAAACUUAAUUUAUAUUGCAUAAGCUAUUUACAUAAGCUGAAAAAAAACUAGGCCAAACAGAGCCUAAGAACUAGAGAAAGUAUUAAGUUUGUAGAUUCGUUGAAUAAAUGAUAUAUAAAUCCUUAUUCAAUGAAUUUAAAAAUAAAUAUUUUUUUUAUACAUGUAAAUAUUCUUAUUCUUAUAAGACAUCAUGAUUAAAUUAAGGUAAAGAAGUUAAAGAAAGAAAAGGAAAUACCCUUGGGGGUAGGUGUAGGAUUGACCGAACAACCUUACAAACUCACCAUCCCCUUCAAGACUUGGCAUUGUCACAUUUAACACCACUUGCAUUCUCCAACUAAUAUAUAAACCCCUUUAACCCCUCUUUCAUUUCUCAGCUUGAGGUUCCCUUCUUCAAAGAGAACACCAAGCUUCAAAGUGGCAAUUAAGUAAUUUUUCAUUUUCUAAAUAAUAAUUAUGCAUACCCUCGCUUCACCUUCUUCAACUAACUAUCUGAACCGGAUUCGUCCCUCGUUAAACCGGUUCGGUCCAACUCAAACCAGAGGAGUAGUAACCGUUAAAUGUGGUUACGGUUUCGAUUAUGCGAAUUUCACGCAAGGUUACGGCGUUGGUUCAAGCCGAGCCGAUUGGCAAAGCUCAUGCGCAAUUUUAGCCAGCAAAGUUAUUUCACAGCAAGAUAACGGUCAUAACAACUCCGGCAACGGAAAUGAAAACAACCACGUCAGCGCCGUUAACGGUCAUAACGCCUCCGUGACGGAUCUUCAACUUGUUCCUGUCAGCAACAACAAGUUAAUUCAACCAAAGCCGUUAACCAUCACCGACCUAUCUCCAGCUCCGAUGCACGGCUCACAGUUACGCGUCGCUUAUCAAGGCGUUCCAGGCGCUUACUCUGAAGCCGCCGCCGGAAAAGCUUAUCCGAACAGUGAAGCCAUGCCGUGUGAUCAAUUUGAAGUUGCUUUUCAAUCGGUUGAACUCUGGAUCGCCGAUCGUGCUGUUUUACCGGUGGAAAAUUCACUCGGCGGUUCGAUUCAUCGAAACUACGAUCUCCUCCUCCGUCACAAACUCCACAUCGUCGGAGAAGUUCAACUUCCGGUUCAUCACUGUCUUCUCGCUCUCCCAGGGAUCCGAAAAGAGUAUCUCACACGUGUGAUUUCGCAUCCACAAGCAUUAGCACAGUGCGAAAACACGUUAACAAAACUCGGUCUCAACGUAGCGCGUGAAGCCGUCGACGAUACCGCCGGAGCAGCGGAAUAUAUCGCAACAAACAAUCUCCGUGACACGGCGGCGAUCGCGAGUGCACGCGCUGCGGAACUUUACGGUUUAAAUAUCCUUGCUGAUGAAAUUCAAGAUGACCCGAAUAACGUGACCCGAUUCGUUAUGUUGGCCCGAGAACCCAUAAUUCCGCGAACGGAUCGUCCAUUUAAAACGAGUAUUGUUUUCGCGCAUGAUAAAGGAACUUCAGUGCUUUUUAAAGUGCUUUCAGCUUUUGCUUUUAGAAAUAUCAGCUUAACUAAGAUUGAAUCUAGGCCUCAUCGUAGCCGUCCGAUUAGAGUUGUGGAUGAUGAAAGUGAAGGAACUGCAAAACAUUUUGAGUAUAUGUUUUAUAUUGAUUUUGAAGCUUCUAUGGCUGAAGUUAGAGCACAAAAUGCACUUGCUGAGGUUCAAGAAUUUACCUCUUUUUUAAGAGUUUUAGGGAGUUAUCCUAUGGAUAUGACACCAUGGAACUCUCCUUCUACUUCUCAUAGGGGAGAUUAAUUACAAUUUAAUUUAUAAAAUAAAAUUUAUAUAUAAAUGUGGUUUGUGAUUGUUAAUUGUGUUAUAAAAUUACAAAUUUGUGAAGGGAAAACAAGAUCACAAAUUGUUUCAUUUUUUCCAUUUUGUGUAUAUUUUUUCAUUUUGCC